GGCUAACAGCAGCGGACAAUCUGCUCUCUCGACAGCCCCGAGCAAAUACUACUAGCAUACAAGCAUACAUCGACCAAUUACUACAGUUGAACUCUGAAAUUGAACAACACGAGGAAUUGUUCAAAUCUAUUAGCAGGACGUUCCAAAAUGCAAUUGCUGAACUCCCACGUGAUGAAGUGGAAUCAAAUAUGGCUAAACUUAAGCAGCAGAAAGAAGCGUUAGUUAGAGUUCGAGCUACAGUGCCAGUGAAAUUGCAUCAAUAUAGACAAUUGCUGGUGCAGCACGAAUCCCUUGAAACAGGACAAAAAGAAAUUGGCCAAUGGUUGGACAAAGCUGAAGAAGCAUUACGUACAACUACAGAAACCAGACGUGAAGUAAUAGAAGAGACGUAUGAGAUUCACCGUACUUUCUUCUCAAGAACCACAUACUAUCGCUCGAUGUUGGAGAGCAAAAACAAAGUCUUCCAAAAUAUCGUUAAAGCAGCUGACACUGACAAGAGUGCCGAUGUUUCAGAUCAACUUACGCUCAUGCGGGACCUCAAUGAAAGGUUCGCGCACGUAUCAUCCGAGGCUACACGGCGCGAGGCUGAUCUUCAACGUCUUGUCCGCGCUUGGGAAGAUUUUGAGAACAAAAAGCGGGUGGUGGAAGACUGGGCGUCAAGAGCUGAAGCUUUACUCGCAGACAACAGAGUGGAUACCAAGCAAGCUUUACAUUUACAUGAACGUUUCUUCCACGGGGCUGAUGAAAGAGCCGUAUCGGAACUGGUUCGAUCUGGUCGCGAGCUCGUUGAGCUGGUAAAAGAACAAGACAGACCAGGGAUAGUAAGAACUGUAGAAGAGUUACAGAAGAGAUGGAAGGACCUUCUAGAACGAGCGCCGCCUCACCUUAUGAGGCUAGAAUUCAAACUAGACGAGACCGUCUUCCACCACUGCAUCAAGGAUAUUGAAAAGGAAAUCGUUUAUGAAGAACAAGCAUUCAACCAAAGCGAUGAUGCAGAUGGCAUAUUGAUCAGAAAUGAGGAGUACUUCCGUAACCAAGGCAAAGUGAUGCAGGUGGAACACUGUCUGCAGAAUUUGAAGAAGAUAUCAACCAGCUAUACUCAGCAGACUGGGGAUACCAGCUUGGAGGAGGAAUUACGGAGGUGUGAACAACAGUGGGAAUCCACAGUGCACCGUGUAGAAAACUUCAGACAGCAAUUGCAGCAGAUCCCUGCCAAGUGGGAUGCCUACAGAGAUAAGUUCCGUGAAAUGGAGCGAUGGAUGGAUCAUGUGGACAAGACCAUGGAUAGUAUCGUCAGGGAAGUCGAUUCUGCUGAGGCGUUUGAGAGAGAAAAGACUAUAUUCCAGAACAUCUGUCGUGAAGCCGAUCGCAAGAGAGAAGACAUGAAGUGGCUUGUUCAAACUCUGGACAUGCUAUCCAAUCACUGCUCUGACACAGAAGCCCAGGAGGAACAAGUUAAACUAGAAAAUCUCAUUUCCAGAUACAAGAAUCUUAUACCAACCAUUGAAAUCACCAUGAUUAAGACUGAAACAUAUACCAGAUGCUAUACUUACCGUAGAGAAGUCCAUGAAGUUAUCUGUAUAUUAGAACAUGCUAAGAAACAAGCUAUGGUUGAACCUGAACCACAAUCUUUGCAACAAGUUGAGCAAUUAGUUCUUGAACAACAGACUGCUGUGCAAAAGCUUGAUAGACAGCGACCAUCUGUAAUGUCGAUGUUGCAACGUGGCAAGGAACUUAUUAAAGACGCAAAUGCACCAGCGUUUGUAAGGGAAGACGUAAGAAACCUUGAAUCUGGCUGGAAUGUAGCUUACGAAUCUAAUACCGACCUUCUUCACAGACUACGUGAUACACAAAAAGUAUGGUCUAAUUACGAAUAUCAAAAAGAAGAACUGUUAUCGGAUAUUGACAAGAUCGAAAACUAUGUUGCUCACCCUGGUUUGGAAUUGGGUGUGACUAGCAUCGGCCGUGAACUUCAAGAAACUCAAGCUAUUCAUGCAGAAAUAGACAAGGCUAAGACGGAAAGAUUACCGCAAUUGCAACAAGCUUAUGCUGAAUUGCAAUCUCUAACAUCUCAAAAACCAAAACCUGUAAUUGAAAAAGACUUGGAAACCAUUGAGCGUAAAUUAGAUCGCGUGCAAGAUGAAGUACAAACUAAAGUUGUACAUCUGGAGAAGUUUAAUGAGGAAUGGACAAAGAUUGAACGCAAAUUGGAAGGUGUCCGUGAAUGGAUUAAAAAGGAGAGUCCUGCAUUAGUAUCUCAGAUCCAGUCCGAGAAUAUAACGCCCGAAGAGCGAGUCGUAAAGUCGCAAUCUCUACAAAAAGUUAUUGCAGAAAAAAUGGACAUUAUUAAGAAUGUCGCGGAACAAGGAACCAAAUUGGCUGUAGAACACCGUGUCCAAGAUUCAAACAGGCUUAAAGGAGAAAUUGCGUUAUUAGAAAAAAUGAUGGCUGAUUUACAGAGGUCCACAGAACAACAGACAAAGGUUGUCGAGCAUGACCUUGCCAGUUGGCAGAAAUAUCAAAAGGGCGUCGCAGAAAUAAAACCGUGGAUUGAAGAGGCAGAAUUAAAGUUGGGUAGCUUCCCCAAACCAUCAACACUGCCUGAAGCUCAACAAUUGCAACAGCAGUCGAGAGCUCUGCUUACUGACUGCGAUAAACAGUUAAUGAAUUUACAAAUAUUGUCGAGUGUAAGUCACCAGUUGUCCGGCAAAACAAGUGCGCCUGAUGAAGUAGACGCUAUUCACUCUAGAUGGGCUAUUGUCCACGAUAUGGCUGACCAAUGGAAUAGCAAACUGGACAAAUUAGUUUCAAACUGGGAGAAUUUUGAAAAAGAAUCUGAAAAACUCGAGUCAUGGAUAGAGAACGGUGAAAAGCUUUUAAGCAGUCGUAACAUCAAUAUUGAAACACCCCAAGUUGAAAAACUCGAUCGUGAACUGAACAAAUUGAAAUCUUUUGGAAAUGAAAUUUCGCAGCAACAAGCCAAAAUCAUUACUCUUUCGCAGACUUGCGAUAAUAUUUGUCACAGUGUUCAACCAGAAGGUGCUAAUUUAUUGAAGAAUAAAGUAUCUGACAUUAAACAACGAACAAAUAACCUUGCUGAAACAGUAAGGGCACGAAUUAACGAGUUAUCAGAUAAAAUAAUUGUUAAGCAAGAGUUUUUGACUAAAUUACAUAACUUUGAUAACUGGAUAACUGACUUUAGAAGAAAAACUGAGAGUUAUGACCAAGUUGGUUCUGAUAAAGUAGAACCAACUUUACAAUCAAUGCAUGUAUUGCUCCAGGAGCAUGCUGCUAAAGCACCUGAAUUUACUGAGAUUUACAAUGAAGUUAAAAACAUGACUUUGGCAUCUCAUCCUGAAGAAACUCGUACUUUGAGUGACACCUACUCAAACAUCGCAGAUCAUUACCAAAUGAUUGAAAGCAACAUUCAACAAAACAAGAGUAUAUUACACAAAUGGUCAGAUUUAUUAAAUUGGUACGAGGACAAUAAACAACAGUUAAAUCAUAUUCAAUAUCAAAUUGAAGGUCCAAAACUGACACCUGAAAGCUAUGAAAUUUUACGUCAAGAACUUGUAAAUAUCGUAACCAAAAUACCAGAAUGGAAGAGUAAUGUAGCUCUAUUGGAUGGUCCUUCGAGAAUUAAAGUUACAGACCAAAAUACUGGAAGACUUAUAUCACCUACUAGUCUAGUUAAAGAAAUUGAAACUAAAGCAGAUGCCUUACUAAAUCAAGUUAUUUCUAAGAGAGAUUUAGUACAAAAAGUAGGAGCCAGAUGGGAUAAAUUUAAUGUGCAGCAUAAGGCCUUGUCGGAAGUUUUGCACGGUAUUCAAUCAUCAUUGAAUGAGAUGGCUCAAAAACCUGUGCCUUUAACCGACGAUACUAUACAGGCUAUGACUGAACAGUUAGAUCGUUUAGAUGCUGAAUUGAAAGAAAAACAAAGUGUGAGAAAAGAACUGCGAGAAGAAGGAUUGCAUCUUAUGCGAGAGGAUCAACCAAAUAUGGGCACAAUCCAAAAUGCUUUAUCGGCUGCUGAUAACAGUUGGGACCAAGUAGUGAACUGCGUCCGUGAUACUAAAAAUAAGUAUAUUUUACUCUCGUCUACAUUGCAAGAGCUGAAAAACUUUUCUGUUGCCUUUGAUAGAGAGAUAAACCGUGCAGAGCAACUAUAUAAUGAGUGUAAAGAAGCACCAAAUGAUUAUGUGCAAACUGCACAAUCUUUGGAGAAGGCCAAAAAAUCAUAUGAGGUGCUAAAGCGAUCUAAAGGACUAUUAGAUCAAAUGGACGUCAUUAAACAGUCAGUACUAAAACAAGCCUCAACUUUGGGAGGAUUUGACACAACACCACUAGAAGACGCUUUCCUUAAUUCACAAACACACUGGGAAAAAGUGAACGAUGCUGUAAUUAAAAGAAUUCAAGAUUUGGAAUCCCAACUUCUUGUUUGGCGACAAAUCGAUGAUGUUAAAAACCAAGUUAUUCAAUGGCUUAGUGAAACUGGUCAAAAUCUUGCCAACGCCUGUGAUAAUUUAGAAAUUAGAUUUGGCCAAAAUCAUUUAAUGAAAUAUAAGGAAGAAUUGCCUAUUUAUUUAGGUUUAAAAAAUAGUAUUAUGGCCAAAUGUGAACAGAUAACAAACUUAAAUAAGAGUAUACCAGUUUCACAGGUAUCUUCCAUUGUUGAGUACUUAGAUAAUGAGUUUGAAGCACUUAAAUCCCUAGCUGAAAAUUUGGAAAGUGCAGUUUCCUCUCUUGAAUCAAAAGAGAACAAAUUCAAAGACAGCAUUAAACGUUUGUCUGACAAAGUAAGUAAAGUCCGUGAUGACAUAAUUAAAUGCGAUGAUAUGUCUGGUGAUAAUAACAAAAUCUUAGAUCGCUUGAAAAAGUGUCAACUAUGUAAGGUGGAACUUCAAAACCUAAGUGAAGAGAUUGAUAACCUUUCACAAAAUGUCUCAGAGAUGAAUGCAAACUAUCCAGGAUUUUAUGAAUCACUUGUACCAAAAGAGCUAAGUAACCUCCAGAAAAGGUUCGAAAGCGUUUUGACACAUGCUAACAAAACAGAAACAACUCUUCUCACAUUCUUACAAAAAUCAUUUACUGACAAGCUCAGCAUGUUUAAUAGAAACUUAAAAAUAUUGGACGAUAAGACCAGGUGGUGUAUGCCUGAUGUGACUAGUGAUAAAUAUAAUCUGGAAGUAAAAAGUGCAGCACUUGCUGAUGUGGAAGUAGGUAUCGAAGAAUGUAAUAAAAAAAUGGUGGAAUUGAAAGAAGCAUGCGACACUUUACGUGUAGUCGCUGAACCAGCUAGUGCUCAAGAAGCUGCUUUACAAACAGAAAAAGCUCAGAAAAACUUGGACGUAUUACAUUCAAAUUAUGAAGAAAUUAACAAAAGAUUAAAGGACAAUAUCGAAGCUUGGCAAGAGUAUGAAACAUUGUUAGAGAAUGUUUCAGAUUGGCUUAAAGAAAAAGAGAAUCAAGUUCGACUAGAAGCGGCUAAUCUCAAUGAUUUGGGUGACCUUGAUAACAAAAUCACCCAGAUAGAAUCACUAAAUAAUGAGAUAAGAAACUAUGAAAGUGAAAUAAACAGACUGACUCAAAUUGGAGAUAAUGUCUUAUCUCAAAAUCCUGAUUCUCGUGUUUCCCAGUACAUAAACCAUCUUGUUAAUAGGUAUCAAGCAGUUGAGAAGUUUAUUGAUAAUCAUCUUAAGAGAUUAAAUGAUCUUAAGAAAAACAAAGAGAAAUAUGAGAAAUCCACUGCUGAAUUUAAAAAUUGGUUACAAGAUGCCAAUACUAAAAUAGCAGAUUUAGCAGUUAUGAGUAAGCAUUCCAAACCCUCGGUUGCUGACUUAGAGCAAAUUAAGAAACUGAAUGAAAAUAAGGAUGUGGGACAAAGGUUGCUUAACAGUGCCAUUGACUCUGGAGAGUCUUUGUUUAGUGGGAUAACACCAGAAGGCCGUGAAAAAAUUAGAAACGAUUUAAGAGCCUUGCGUGAUUUCUUUGAAGAUUCAGUUGAUUCACUGAACAAUGUUAUCAAAGACAUUGAAACUACUCUCAAUAAACGGUCAUCCUUUGAUGACACUUUUAAUCAAGUUCAGAAAUGGGUAGUUGAUAAAGAGAGUGAAUUGGGAGAGUUCAAAUUAUCACCAACAUUACCCGAUAAGAAAGCUCAGCUACAUGGAUAUAAAAUAUUACACCAAGAGGUAGACCUCCAUCAAUCAAUGCUUUCCCAACUUACUGAAAAAAUAAAAUUAAUGCCAGACGAAGAAGCUGAGAAGAGUUUAGGGAAAAUUAUUGAAAGAUAUUCUAAUAUGUCGAAAGAGAUUCAAAAUAGGAUAAAUUCAUACGAAAAAUACGUGUCAGAUCAUGAAAAAUACGUGCAAAUGUUCGAAGAAACACGAGACUCCAUCAACCAUAUUGUUGCUGAAAAUAGCAUGAUACAUUAUGGUGUUGUAUCACAAAAAGACGACAUUGAUGGUAAGAUUGCUGUAAUUGAGAAGGUGACAUCGAAGACACAGGAAUUAGAUAAGGCUUUAGAACAUCUUAAAAGUCAAUUACACAAAGUUUUGGAAACUACCAGUGCAAAUGGUCAUCCUGUCUUAAUUAGUGAGUUCGAACAAUUAAAAACGGUAUGGGAUCAAUUUGCAAAGCAAUGCAAGGAUCAAGAUAAAAAGCUUAAAGAUAUCUUAAAACAAUGGAAUGAAAGUCAGAAAACGCUUGAUGAACUGGAGGAGUGGCUAAAAGUUAAAGAAAAUCAAGUUCGAGAUCAAAGCUUAAAAAGUACGUUAGAAGCUAAAAUUGCUCACUUGCGGAGACUUAAGGAAAUACAAAAUGAAUUGAAAUCCAAGCAACCUGAUUUCGCAGCAUUAUCAGACACGCAAAAUGUUACUAGUGAAUCAGAAUUAACUAACAAAACAUCUAAGUUAGCAACCAGGUUCCACUCACUAAAUAACUUGGUAAAUGAAUUAAUUUCCAAGUAUGAAGUAUUUGUAUCAGAACAUCAAACAUUUGAAUCUGAAUAUAGUGAUAUGGAAAAUUGGUUAGUAGGCAUGCUUGGUGAAUUACAAGACUUAAAUGAAAUAGUAGGAGAUUAUGCAGUGUUACAAGAAAAACAAAACAAAGCUAAAGAACUAUACGAAACGAGAAAUAAGAAAACACCAGUCUUUGAAGAGUUCCUUAGUCUUGGUGAAAAGCUAUAUGCACACACAAGCCCCGAUGGCCGAGAAGUUAUUCGCCAAAAAAUACGAAAAAUUAGAUCAUUAUGGGACAGUUUCGGGGAUAGCUUCCAAGAAACGGUCAACAAGUUGGAUCAAUGUCUGCUCCAAUUCUCUGAUUUUUCACUAGCACAAGAACAAUUAACAAAGUGGCUGAAGGAUGUUGAGCGAGCUAUGCAAAAACAUACUGAGCUAAAGGCAUCUCUCGAAGAAAAGAAAGCCCAAUUACAAAAUCAUAAGAUAAUGCAUCAAGAAAUUAUGACUCAUCAACAAUUAGUGGAAUCUGUUUGUGACAAAGCACAACAGUUAGUUGACCAGACUCAUGACGCUUCCUUAAAUGUUUAUUUACAAUCUAUCAAACAGUUAUUCCAAAAUAUUGUUACGAAAUCGCAAAAUCUUCAAGAAAAUCUGGAAGAUUGCGUCAAAAGACACGAAGAUCUAUCACGUCUUAUACAGCAAUAUAAAGAAUGGAUAAAUGCCCAGUCAGAAAAGUUAUUAGACAUCGAAAAUGCGACAGGAGAAAAACCUGAAAUUGUAAGGAAGCUGCAGUCUGCAUUAUCUCUAAAAGAAAUAGAAAAAGUUGGCUCAAGUAAGCUUGAUGAAAUCCGCUCAGUAUUUGCUAUUGUAAGUAAGAGUACAUCCGAAGCUGGAAAUGCUGCGAUUAAGGCUGAAAUUGAUAAUUUACAAGAGCAAUUGCGAAGUGCAGUCGAAGGUAUUGAUGCCUCAGAACAGAAAUUAAAACAAACGUUGAAGGUUUGGAAUAAUUUUGAAACAUCGAUUGAAUCUAUCUCAGAAUGGCUGAAAGAUAUGGAAUCAAAGUGUCGUGAUCAAGCACUUUGCUCAACAUUACAAGAAAAAGAAGCACAAUUACAAAGAUACGUUGAUCUUCGUAAUGCUAUUUAUGCAAAAGAAAAAGAAAUUGAUAAUUUUGUCGAUGAAUCACACAGCCUUAUACAACUGAGCGGUGUGGAAAGACUAAAGCCACUUGUGACGCAAGUGAAUAGUCGGUACCAGCAACUACAUUUAAUCUCAAAGGAAAUAGUGACGCAUUGGUCCGAAUUAGUUGGAGACCAUAAAAAAUUCCUGCAAUUGCAAAACGAGUUUGACGUAUGGCUUAAACCUCUUGAGGAACAAUUAUCCCAAAUGGUAGCAAAAGAAGACAAACUCAGCAUAGAAAGUAAAGGAAACAAAUUGCAAGUGUUCUUGUUAGAAAAAGAUAAUGGCGAGCAUAAAAUAACUAUACUUACGACAGCGGGAGAUAAAGUUCUUCCAGAAACGGCAGCUACUGGAAGGGAAACUAUACGAGCAGAUAUAAGAGCUCUUAGAGAACGAUGGGAUAAGUUUAAUGACAGCAUUCUACAACAGCAAAGAGAAUAUGAAUCACAAACAUUACAGUGGUCUAGUUAUCAAGAUGUUCUUCAACAGACUUUGUCGUGGUUAGACGAAAAAGAAAAAAUUGUCGAUAACGAAGAGAAGGCUACCCUUAAUUCCGCCCAAGAAAUUAAGAGUAAAAUAUUAAAAAACAAAACAUUGCUUCAAGAAAUAUAUUCUCACAAAAGAGUUAUAGAGACAGUAACUGAUAAAGCUAAAACUGUAGCAGUGAGUAUUCAAUCAGCACAGGGAGAAAGUGAUCAAACUACGUCUAUUAUUCAAUCAAUAUGGGAUAGAUACAACACUCUCACUACUCGCCUUGCUGCCAUUAUAGACAAACAUGAAAGCUCUUAUGAAAUUUAUCAGCAAUGUACUGAUCAACAAAAAUCAUUGCAAGAUUAUCAGAAGAACUUGUGGGAUAGACUACAUCUUCUGUCAGAUUUCACGGGUAAUAAAGCUGCGCUACAAAGCAAAUUAGGUAAAUUGCAAGAACUUCUUGAUGCUAUACCAUCUGGAAAUAAUAAAAUAAAGAUAUUGUCAGAUUUAAUUGAAAGCAAUAGCGCCAAAUUGUCGCCGCGUGGAAAGGAUGGUAUGUUGCGAGAACUGGGAUUAAUUAAGGCUGAUUUAGAAAAGUUUACGACCACUGUUCAUGAUGUGAAACGUGGCAUUGAAGAGAAAAUACAACAAUGGAUUGACUUUGAUAGCGCUAAUGACCGCCUCCAGCACUGGUUAAGCGACACUGAAAUGAGUCUCAAAACUUAUACACCAAAGGCUACCCUGGAAGAAAAAAUAGACCAGCUUAAUAAAUAUCAGGAUUUGAGUAAAGCGAUUGAUAAUCGUGAAUCUGAUUUGAGUGCAGUCAUUAGUUUGGGAGAAGCAUUGGAUCAAGCAAUUUCAGCCAAUUUGAAAAAGGCAGAAAAUGAUGUAGACAAAUUAACAGACGAGUUCAGCGAUCUAAUCGAAAACUGUCAUGAUACUAGAAUUACUAUGAAUCUACAACAAAUGACAUCUCGGUUCCAAUCCGUUCAUUCUACAGCGAAGGAACUCGUUAAGAAAUGUCAGCAGGCAGUUAACGAUCAUAAUGCUUACCAAGAGAAAUACAAACAAUGCACUGAUUGGAUCCUAGCAGCUCAGCAUAAAUUUGAUGAAUGUCAGAAAGGCCUAUCUAAUACCCCGGAAGGUAUAAGUGCCAAACGUGAAAGUCUUAACGACCUAUUAAGUCAACGACGUAAUGCUACUCUACUGGUGAACAACACAUUUGAAUUAGGGGAAAAAUUGUACCCUUCAACCUCACCAGAUGGCAAAGAAAUAAUUGAACAGCAACUUCACGAUAUACAGCAAGCUGUAGAUAAUCUUUAUGAUAGUAUUACGAAAGCUGAACGAGAUUUGGAUUCUGAACUGAACAAGUGGUCUUCAUUUGAAGAUAAUCUGAAAACUGUACAAGAUUGGCUUGCUUUGGCCGAGAAAAAUCUUCCAAAAGAAAUUGAAUUGAAAGCUACGUUAGACGAAAAGAGGAACCAGUUGAAUGUGUACAGGGAUUAUUUACAAGAUGCAUUGUCUCACCAACAACAUAUAUCCGAACUGGAACUUCGAGCUCAAAAUCUGCCUGAUGUGACAGAAGAUAUAAAGAAAAACAUCAAUCAAUUGAAACAAAGACAAGAAACUGUUUUAGCAAGAGCUAAAUCAUUUGUUGAACAGUAUGAGGCUAUUGUUAAUAAUCAUCAGCAAUACACUAAAGCCGUAAUGGACUUACAAGAAUGGAUUGAAGCUACACACAAUACAGCUCAACUUUGGGGAGACGUCAAUUUGGAACGAGUUGCUUUAAGUAGCAAUUGUGAAAAGUUAAAAUCACUACAAAUGACACUUCCUGAAGAGAAAAACCGCAUUGAUAAAAUUCGUACGAUUGGAGAAAAGGUUCUACCUGGUACGAUAAGCAGCGGACAAACAAAUAUAAGAAAUCAAAUUGAUGCAUCCCAUCAGGAAUGGGAAGGAUUAGUAUCAUUUAUUAAUAAGACAAUUGAAUCCUUGGAAAAUAAGAUACAACAAUGGAAUGAAUAUGAAAACAUGAAAGAUCAGUGCUUAGCGUGGAUAAGAAAUACCGAUAACCAGAUUCAUGGUGUUGAUCUUAAGGCAACUUUACCUGAAAAGCAAGAACAGUAUAACAAAUUCCAAGAAUUGCAAGGUGAGGUGCGUGCAAAAGAACUUGAAAUUGAUAAUAUAACUGAAAGAGCGCAACACUUGUACACAGGCAUGUUAGGCCCACGUGGAUCUCAAAUAUCUGAUCUUACAGUUAAAUAUCAAACGCUGUGUCAAAAAGUCAAGGACCUCACAAACAGGUGGCAACAAUAUGUUAAGACGCACCAAGAAUUCUCCAGCAACGUGACUGAAUGUUCUCAAUGGAUAGAAGAAUUAAGGGAUAAGUUAGAUUUUUGCGCUGAUCUUAGCUCGUGUUCUCAAGACGAUCUGGAAACAAAAUUAGUAUUGAUACAAAACUUAUUACUUACAAAGGAUGAAGGUUUUACAAAGGUUCAAUCUUUAGUUGAAUUAGCUCAAAAUGUCAUGGCAAAUACCGCACCGACUGGACACGAAGCUAUCAAUAAUGCAUUAGUAGCUCUACAAGAACAAUGGUCUGCAUUAUUGUCACGAAUGAUUGAAACAAAGAAUUUAUUAGACGAUUCCGUAACAAAAUGGGCCGGAUUUUUGGAACAAAUUCAACUCGUUGAAAAGAGUAAUGCCUGGUUAGAAAAUAUGCUGGCAGAACUAACACCAUUUGAAGGGUCUAUGUCUGAUAAAAGAGCUCAACUUGAAAAACUGAAAGAAGUCGAAGAAAAAGCCCGGUGUGAUCGCUUAGAUGUGGACAGUCUUAAAGCUAAAGCGUCUGAAAUGUUAGCCAGUGGUCAACAAAAUCAAGUAGCGUCUAAAGCUCAAGAAACAUUAAAUAAAUUUGAUUCAUUAUACGAUAAAAUUAAAAAGUUGCUGGCUGAUCGCGAAGAACAAUAUAAAGAUCACAGACUGUACAAAGAAGCUCACGAUGAACUUAUUCAGUGGCUGGGUAGAGCAAGAGAAAAGGUGCCAUCGUUAAAAUCUAAACCUUUGAGUGACAAACUUGCCAUUGAAAAUUCUGUAGCACCACUUGACGCAUUAAUAAAUAAACAAGCCCAAGGAGAGCUUCUUCUAGAGCAUUUGCAACAUACUGGUGAAGUCGUUCUUGCUAGCACAUCGCCAGAUGGCCAAGUAGUUAUUAAAAAUGAAAUGAAAGCCUUGAAAGAAAGUUUCGACCAUCUAUUUAAUGAGAUCAAACAACAAAAGAGUCAAUUAGAGGAUAUUGUAAAUCAAUGGAGAGAGUACAAGGAUGAAUACGAGAGACUUUCAGAUUGGUUGCAACAAAAAGAAAUCCACAUUAAAAAUCACAAAGUUGCAUUACUGGGAACUGCAAAAGAAAAGGGUGGUCAAGUGAAUGAAGUUAAAGAAAUAGUUGAUCAGUUAAAUAAAGGUAAAUCAGAUAUUGAUAAUUUCAAUGCAUCGGCUGCUGGUUUACUUUCAUCGCAUUUGGACACAUACGUUAAUAAUCAGCUCAGGCAUUUGAAUUCUAGAUACCAAGUUCUAGUCAAUAUGGCCAAUGAUGUCUUAAAGAAAGUUGAAAACAAUUAUGAACAACACCAAGCUUAUGAUGAUAAUUACGCUAAAACAAAGAAAUGGAUUGAUGACGCCUGGGAAAUUACACGUAGUGGUAGCGAAGCUGGAAGUAAUAGCAGUAAAGAUGCGCUACAGAAACGCUUAGAACAAAUUGAAGAUCUACUGAAACGCCGUGAAGAAGGACAGAACUUGGUACAUGCUACAAUUAAUAGUGGUGAAAAAGUAUUGAGAAAUACCAGAUCAGAUGGAAAAGAUAAAAUCAACACAGAAAUCAAAGAACUACAAAACGAAUGGGACCGUCUUGUGAAGAAAAUGACGACCGCUAAAGUUCACCUGGAAACGGCACUCCUACAAUGGGCUGAUUACAGUUCUAGCUACUCCCAGUUACAGCAAUGGAUAUCCGAUAGAGAAGCAAAAUUGCAAGAGGUUUGUGAACAAAAAGUUGCCAAAUCAAAGAAGGGUCAAGAUCGCCUCGCGGGUCUCACGGCAGGCCUCAGCCUUGGCGAGAGAAAAGCCACCCUACGUCAAACAAACAAUAUUGUUCAGGAUAUCGUUUCGUUUGAGCCCAUGAUUCAGUCUGUUACAUCUAAGGCUUCAGAAUUAAUGCAACAAGCUCCCGCAUCCGAGAUUACCAGCAAAUACGAGAGCUUAUCGAAACAAGCUAAAGAUUUGUACGAAAAACAGAAAGAAACUGUGGAACAACAUCAAGCAUUCAUUGAUGCUGGUUCCGACUUUGUCCAAUGGAUAAGAGCUGCUAAGGAGAGGUUAGGAAAAUGUUCAGAUGCGACAGGUGACAAGGAGUCGUUAAGUAGUAAGAUAUCGCAGCUGAAAGUUCUGGAAAGUGAACUACCGGAGGGACAAGCGAAGUUACAGAAGGCAUUGGAGCAAGGGGAAAUAUCCUGUGGGCUUGCUGAUGAUGAGGAUAGAGAGGAUAUUGAAGAGGAAGUGGCUCUUAUGCAAGAGGAAUACGAUACUUAUGUUGAGCAGCUAAACAAUACUAAAGCCUUAAUCGAAGGUGGUAUCGUUAAAUGGACAGAAUACGAAGAGCAUUACAAGGAAGCCCUGGAAUGGUUGUCGAAGACUGAGAAACUAGUACAAUCCUUCAAUAAAUUGCAAAAUAACCUUGAGCAAAAGAAAAUUGUUCUUGAGGAAUUCCAAGGUCAUUUACAAACGCUGUUCGACUGGCAAGCCGAGCUGGACAAAUUGAACAUGCGCGCGCAGACUCUAUUAGAAACAUGCGCUGAUACAAGGAUCUCCAACGGCAUCACACAACUUACAACCAAGUACAACGCGCUGUUGUCGCUUGCCAAGGAAGUUAUGAAACGUUUGGAAUUGCACUACCAAGAACACCAACAACACAACGCUCUCUAUGGUGAAUGUCAAGAUUGGCUCGAUAGAACUCGGGAGAAGUUGAACCAAUGUGCCCAAAUACCAAACACUUUACAAGAGGUCAAUAACAAACUCAACACCGUGAAACUCCUGCGUCAAUCCCUAGAACAGGGACAAAAUAAACUGAGAUAUUUACUCGAAUUGAAAGAAAAGGUGAUCAUGAACACCGAACAGGCUGGCGCUGCAAAGAUUCAAGAGGACACGGAUAAUUUGAAACAAGAGUUUGAUAAGCUCAUUGCAGACUUGCAGGAUGUUCGCAAUAAGUUGACCAACAGAGCAGCUCAGUUUGACGAUAUUACAAAGGUGCAUAAAGUUCUAGUAGAAUGGUUGGAUGAUAUCGAUCAGAAGAUUCAAUCCGACGAUUCGCUCCUCAAUGACCUGUCAGAGAAGAAAGCUAAGUUGGAGAAAUUUAAAACAUUCAACAGGGAUAUCGAUUCCCACAAGGACUUGGUGAAUAAACUCAACGAGAAACUGCAAGAGGAUGCAUCAUUGAAAACUAAAGAUUUUGAAGACACUCUUCAACGCUACGAUGAUAUUAAGAAAACUGUCAACGAUAUGAUUGGUAAACUGGAGGACUAUGUCAACUCUCACAUUCAAUACAAAGAAUCUUACGAUAACUUCUAUGACUGGAUACGUAAUUGUAAGAUCGAAAUCCAACAAUGCGCUGAUUCGCACGGCGAGAAGGAAGAGGUGCAGAAGAAAUUGAAGAAAGUCAACAAAAUCAUCAAUUCUCUGCCCAAAGGCAAAGCUCUGUUAGAAAAGGCUGUUUCGCUCAGUGAGGCUGUACUAGAAACUACAGGAAACGAAGGCAAGGACAAUAUCAAUCAAGAAAUUAAGCAGUUGAAGAUCGAAUGGGAGAACUUGCAACAGAUCUGCAAAGACACAAAGAAAUUACUAGAAAAAUGUAUUUCUGCCUGGUCAGACUUCUUAGAAACUUCCGAAAAGAUGACCAAAUGGGUGAAAGAAUUUGAUGGCAAAUUGAGUACAGUGCAAAAGGUCGACAAAAUCACACCGGAAUACCUUGAAAAGUGUCGCGAUUUACUGGCUCAGGCGUUAGCUAAUAAACACGUUCUAGAAGAACUCAACGAUAGAUGUGAAAAUCUUAUGGAGCUCAGCGCUUGCGCUUGGGUUCGCGAUAAAACUGUUAACCUACAGACUGAGUACACGUCUCUCUUGACGAAGAUACAAGGUCUUGUAUCUAACGGUGAAAAGAACCUAUCUGACCAUACUGAGUUCAUUAAGGCUAAAGAAGACUUACAGCAAUGGUUGGAGACUGCCCACGGUACAGUCCAUGAUUCAAUAGGCGUAGGUGAUAUCGAAACAACUAAAGAUAAACUCGAUACUGUCAAACUUGUCAGUAACAGAAUGACUGAAGGGCAUCACUUAUUAGUUGUUUUACAAGAAGCAUUCAAAAAGGCUCUAAACAACACACCACCUGAAGAACAAGACGCCUUAAGAAACGACGUUAAAGUCUUACAAGAAAGCUGGGAUCAACUCAAGAUCGAUUUGAAUUCAAUAACAGCACAACUGAAAGCAGCCAUUUGCAAGUGGGAAGACUUCGAAGAUUCUAAGAACAAGAUGAACCAAUGGAUUAAAGAUACCGAACAAAAUCUUGACAAAGUUCCCCCAACCGGUGGUGAAUUAGGGGAAAUGAAAACGCUUCUAGAGAAAUAUAAACAUAUUGAAGAAGAGAUAGAUAACAAGAUGCCUGAACUAGAUCGCAUUAGAUGCGAAGCCAAUCAAUUAAGCAGUUGGGCAAGAAAGCCGGCAGUCAAAGAGGCUGUCGUUGAAAUCGAACAGAAAUGCAAUGCAUUGAGAGCGAAGUGCGCUGCUAAGAAAGCGGAAUUGGAAUCUGAAAUUAAAGAUUACAAUCACUACCAUCAAUCCCUACAAGAUACUGAGAAAUGGCUGCUGCAAAUUUCCUUCCAGCUUAUGGCACACAAUUCUCUUUACAUCUCAAACAGAGAGCAAACAGAAGAGCAAUUGGCUCAACACGCAGUAUUACUGGAUGAUAUUCAGAAGUAUCAAUCGACUCUUGAUGAUCUAGAAGCUAAAGGCCGAGCUCAAAUAGAAAGAUAUGAAGCUACAACGCCUUCAAUAAGAGACACGGUUGGAAAACAGCUAAAGAACGUGAAUGAUAGUCACAAGAGCUUAUUGGCCACUGCUCUACAGAUUGAACGUAGAUUAAGAGAGGGGUUGGCGAAAUUCAAGGAAUACGAAGACACUUUGGAGAGCAUUUUGAAUAACUUGGACGAAUGCGAACCGGCGAUUACAGAGCUGGAUGUGCCUGUCGAUGGACUGGCGCAUGGACGUGACUUACUGGAGAAGGCUAGAGGCCUUCACAACCGUCUCCAAACCGAGAAGAGCCGGCUGUCAGCGGCCGUAGCGGCGUGCUCAGCGGCCGCAGCAUCCGUGUCCCGCCCCUCCUCCCCCGCGGACACCGCUCCCCUCCCUAUCCCCCCGCGGGAGCUGCACGUGAGGGCGAGACUUGAAGACCUGAUAGACCAGAAACAUGUAAGUGAAGUGGGUAGCGCCCGCGUCGACGCUUUGCUAAAGAAUGUCGAAGCACCCGAGUUCACGGAGAAAAUGCAACUGUUGGAUAGCAGGGUACAAAGUCAUCUAGAGACACUAAGAGAGGCGGUUCAAGGAAUGGAAGAAGCAAUGAAACAAGUGUCAGAGAUCCAAGAUUGGAUCAAUGUUAAUAAAGCCUUGGCUAACGAUUGGCUAUCGAAUCCAUCUAAACUACGCCCUGAUGCUGCUAAGCAAGACAUGGCUGCAAUGAAUGAUGCUCUAGCUUCGUUGGCUGAGAAGAGAAACAGAUUAUUAACUGAAAUACCAACUGAAGGUCUGGAAGAUGAAAUUAACCUAGAAGAAGAGUUGGAUGAAUUAGAACAAGCUAUUCUUAAAGCCAUCGAAAGAGAAAAGGGUAACCAAGGAGUCAUUGACGAUUUCCGUCACAAAUGCCAAGAAAUUCACGAUUGGUUUGACGCAGUACUCAAGAAAAUGUGCUUGGCUGAUAAGGGAUCGGGUUUGCCCUGUCCUCAGAAACUUAAUGCUCUCAAAGAAUUGUCAGCAGAGUUUGGACAAGCUGGAAAAGACAAAGUGGACAACAUAAAGUCUAUUGGGUCCAAAGUUAUCAACAUCGUCAGUAAUCUGGAGUCACAGCAGGUUGAGGAACAGAUCAAGUCAGUUGAGAGAAGAUACAAUGACAUCGGUAAGCGCAUACAACGGAAACUACAAAUGCUUGAAAUAACAUACAAAGCCAUUGAUGGUACGAAGAGCGAAGUUGCUGCUCAAAACGAAUGGAUGCAGAAGGAAAUCGAUAACAUUCAGCAUCCUGAGCCACUCGGAUAUGAUAGCAAAUCAGUUAAGGAACGCCAAAAGAAAAUGGCCAACCUCCUGAAAGAAACCGACAGCAAGAAAACAGCUAUUGACUCUCUAGAGAAGAAGGUCAGUAAUAUUCAGGCUGAAUUAGAACCAUCCGAGCAAAUGCAACUUGAGGCUGAAUUAUCUGAACUGUCAUCUAAACAGAAACAACUGGCAACACUGGUCAAACAAGAAAUUGAAAGAUUAGUUGGCUGCAAUGAAGUCAGGAAGAAGCUCGAAAAUGACAUGGAGAAAGCUAAAAACUGGCUUAAAGCUAAGCUGGCAGAAAUCAAAAAGCUCGGUGGUCCAGUGCCACUAGAAGCUGCAAAGGUGGAAAAAGAAAUAGCUAUCCACAAAAAACAUCAAACAGACUUAAAUGAUUUCCAAAAUGAUACUCUCAACGAAGUUAUUCGACAAGGCAAUGCUGUGUCUAAAGACUGCUCAAACGAGAAUCGUGCUAAGCUCCAAGCUCUUUUAGAAGACUUGAGUAAAAUGUACACAACAGCUAAAGUGGACAUCGAUGAGAAACUUGCUGCAUUGAACAAGUUAUUACAAAUUAGAAAUGAAUUUGAGACGGAUGUCGCGAAAUGCCAGAGCUGGUUGAAUGAAGCUGAAGUGGCAGCUACACCAGAGCUUAGAACAACCAGUCUCCAACUUUUAGAAGAACAGUUGGCUAAGUUUGAGAAGCUAAGUAAGGAAGCUGAAGAUGUCGAAAAGAAUAUAAACAAAAUUAAGGAUAAAUCGAAAGACAUCAUGGACUCUCUGUCGGAUUCAAACAAAUUACAACUUAAGGAACAAGUCAAUGUUCUCUCAGAUAGAUUCGCAAGAAUCAAUGCCAUGAUUCACGACAAGAAGAAUAUUCUACUCAAGCAUAUUAAGGAAUACAAAGACGCUGCAGCUAAGAUAGCUGCUGCGCUGGAAUUCCUUAAUGAGAUUCAAAACAAACUAAAGGCUUUGAACAAGCCUAUUGGCAGUAAAGUAGAAGAUGUGCAACCGAUUAUACAAGCUUACGAAUCCAUCCUCGAAGACUUGAAGAAGAACAAAGCAAUGCUCAAUGAACUACAAGGAGGUAAUCUGCAUGACUUACAAGACAUACUCACAAAACAAGAUGACUUGAUGAGUACCAUUGAAGAUCAAAUAUCAAAACUGAAACAACUGCUGCUGUUACGCGAACAAUUCUUCGCGCUCGUUAAAGAAAUUGAAGAAUUUAUCACCAAAUACACAGAACUCACAUCCGAUAUUGAGAAAUCUAAUGAUUCGUUGGAAGACAAAAUCAAGCGGUAUGAUGAUAUCAUCGUCAAGAUCCAAGGAUGUGAAGCUUUACUGGCGACUGCAACUGAUAAAGGACAGCAAAUAGCUGCUGAAGGCACCGUGAUCGAUAGGAAUAAUAUAACAGAAUUGUUGCAAUCCCUGAAACAGCAAUUGCUGACAUUAAGACGCACUGUUGAGUCAAAGAGGCAGGAACACGAACGUGCUGCGGCAGAGCACAAGAAACUCGCAGCGGAUCUUUCUGAAAUAUUACAGUGGCUCCACGACAAUGAGGCCAUUGUACAUUCUCGCCCACUCCUGAACAGAGAUGUCGCGAGCGUCGAUAAGAAACUCGUGGAACACGCUGCACUGGCGAAGAAUGUCCAGUCACAUUUGGACAAACUAACAAGCAUCACAGAUGCCGUCAAGAACGACGACGGCGUUCCUGGAACGUUGCUCGAAAUGAUUUCAGAUGGAAACUCGCUGAAAACUUCCCUUCCAGCCGAAUUGGCGAACAGAGAGAAACAUUUGCAGGACAACAAGAAAUACAGACAGCAGUAUCUCCAAAUGGUCGAGAAAUUGAACAUUUGGGUGAACGAAGCGGCCAUACGUCUCGGCAUGGGCAAGAACGGCACGGACUUUGAGAAUAUCGAAGCUGAUUUGGAGGAACACAAGUCAUUCUUUAACACGUCUGAGCCAGAGAUGAAGGAUCUGGUCGGAAAGCGUAUGCAGGACAUUGUGGACAAAAUAUGGCCGUCGCUGACGCCAUCUGAGCAGGAGGAACUAUCUAAGGAACACCAGAAGAACACGCAGCUUCUGAAGAACACGCUCAAUUCGGCGAAGUCGCGUCAAGCGCAGCUGGAACAAGACCUGGAGAUCUGGAAGGACUUCUGCCAGCUAGUCGAGAAGAUAAAGGCGAUACUGGAUAAGAACGAGAUACCAGAAGAAGCUGUCACGAGUGUGGACGCGCUUCGGCUGCACCUGGAAAAGCUGAAUCAUGCCAAGAACGAUUUAGAGAACCAGCAGCCGCUCCUCGACGUGGUCCGGGAGCGGGCCCGCGAGCUGGCCAGCGGAGCCGACGCGGCGAGCGGCGAGCGCGUCGAGCAGCGCACCGCCGAGCUCGCGGAGCGCUGGGGCGUCGCGUGCGAAGGUCUAGCCAAACGCGCGGCCACAGCGGACAGCCAGCUGCACCGCUGGAGCCAACUGCUGGACGCGCAGCGCGGCCUGUCCGCCGCCAUCACCGCGGCGACCGACCGCCUGCGCCAGCUGGACGCCAGCCCCAGCACCAGGAGGCGGGCCGUCGACACCAGGCAUGCGCUGCAGGAACUGCAGGCCGAAGUGUCCAGCCUCGAAGAGAGCCGGGACGACCUGGUGGAGCACGCGGAUUUCGUCGUGUCCCUUCUCACGCCGCACUCGCAGCAGCUCGCCUCGGACACGAGGAGCGGAGUCGACGAUCUGCUGCAGGCCUAUGAGAAAUUGCGACAGACUCUUGCGGCGAGACUCGCAGAGAUUGACGAAAUCGUUUCCGAAUUCGAUCGCGUGUCAGAGAAUAUAGAGAAACUCAGACAACAGAUCGAAGUAUACAUCGCUAAAGUUGGGACCUUCUACGUCUACGGAGAGGACGACGCGGACGGUGUGCGUGAUUUGGCCAAACAAGUUUCAGACCUAGUCGAUAAAACUAAGACGUUCACGGAAGAUAGUCGAAAGAGAUACGGGGGUUCGGCGCCGGCUGACGUCGCCCAGGAAUUGUCGGCUUUAGAAUUAUCCGCAGAAGCGUUAGCCGCCGCCAUGGAGGAGAAGGAAAGGGAAUGGAAACGCGCGCGGACAUCGCGUACCGAAUACACAACGGACGUUGAGAGCGUGCAGGCGUGGGUCCGCGCCGCCGAGCUCACAGCCAGGGAGCGCACGCAGCCUCCAGAACCUUACAAAGAACGCCUCGUGGCGACCAGAUCUGAAAUUCCAAGUAUCGCAGACCGUGUAGAGCGAUUGACGCGCAAUGCGCGCGCUAUCGUCGAAGGAAGCAGGGAUGCCGGAGAACGACAGUUGAUACAAUCGACGGUCACAGCAUUAUCGGAACAGUUCAGCGCCGUGUGCAGCGAACUCGAGGCGCGCCAAGCGGCCGUGGAGGACGCUUGCGAUGCGGUGGCCCGGUUCCUAGCUUUGCUGGAGAAGGUCCUACUUUGGGUGGAAACACAGCGUGCUUUCCUAGCGCGGCCGCUACCUUUGGCCGACUUGCAGGAGGCGCAGCAAAAACAGACUGAAUAUGGGAAUGCCCUUAAGAGUUGCAAGCAACAGGCUAAGAAUUUAGCAGAUAUGGCCAAAGAAAUCGAAGCGAUCGAACGCGUCACAAGUCCAGGAGAUUUACCUUCGAGACUGGAGGCGGCCGAGAAUGCGACAGUCGAUGUAGAAAAGAAAUUGGCUAAGACUAACGGUCUCUUACAAGAAUUAGCAGAAGAAUGGGAGAGAUGUGAGAAGAAACUAAAGGAUGUCGGUCAUUGGAUCGAGGCCACUACGCGAACUUUAGAAGCUCCGCAAACUGUGAAAAAGCCUCUCAGAGACAGGCUCGCUCACAGGGAGAAACUCAUCAAUGACAUAUCGACGCAAAAGACGAAAAUUACAUAUGCCGUCGAGAAACUCAACGUGCACUUCGGGCCGGAGGGCGUGGCGGCGCAGAGCCGCUCGCCCGCGGGCGUGCAGGCGGCGGCGCGCGCGCUGGCCGCGGCGCUGGACGCGCUGGGCGCGCGCACGGCGGCGCAGGCGCAGCAGCUGGGCGCCGCGCUGGCGCAGGUGGAGGCCUACUGCGCCGACAUCGUGCGCCUGCGCGCGCAGCUGCUGGACGCCGAGCAGCGUCUGCGCCACGCGGCGCAGCCCAACUACAGCCCCCGCGACCCCGACACCAAGCUGAGACACCAACAGGAAUGUCGAGACAAAGUAAAAUCGCUCCAAAGUAAAAUUCAAGCGAGAAACGAACGCAUCAAGCUGAUAGUGCAGCGCGGCGGGCCGGACGCAGACCCGCUCGGGGACGCUUAGACGCGCCCGCCAAUUUUAGCUUUAAGUCGAUUUCUAGUGACAUAUUCCUAUAAUUAUAAUUGUAAAUUCAUAUACCGAUUGAAUGCGAAAUAUAAACGAUCGAUAUCGCA